AUGGACAUGUCUACCAGUUUCAGUCGCUCCACGCUGGCUAUGAUUGAUGCCGCAUGCGAGGCCCUCCCUGUGGAUGAGGACAUGAGUUGCAGUCUAAUAUCAGAACAUGAUGAUCAUGGCCUCGAUAAGGGAAGCGAGGAUUGCAUUGCUUUUGGUAAGGUAGCUGAAUCGCCUGUAGUCUGUGGUGACAGUAUUUUAGUAGAAAACAAACCUGUGCUAGCAGGUGUUGAGGCUGAGACAGAUUCUGCAAGAAACCCUGAGGAGAACACCACGGAAAAGAUGGUUGAAUCUCCUAAGAAUGAUUCUGCAAGUCACUCUGGGGAGAGACCUAAGGAAAAAUCGCCUAAGAAAGGGCCUGUGUCUGUAACGGCUGUUAGUCCAUGCCCAUCUCUCUCCCAAUCUCGACUGAGAGAUAUGUCUCUGGCUAGCAAUAGCCAGGUCUCCCUCUCGCAGUCUGGAGCCUGCGUUAUCAAUGUCACCUCCAACUCUCUCCUCUUUCAAACGUUCCUCUCCGAGUGUCUGGAGCAGACCGCCAUUUCUUUCUCGGUUGCCGUGUCUUCUUUUGGCCGUGAGCAGGCCAUAGGAGUUAGGAUUGUGGAGCAUAUGAGCAGCAGAGGUGUCCCAAUCCCCCAUCACAGUGAGCAGGUUGUGGGUGUGGCCAUAUGCUGGGGAGGCAUGGAUGCCUACUACGUCUCUCUCUGCCAACCAGCAAAUGGUGAGAAUAAAGACCCCAUUUCUCUCGAUUCCCGAAUAAAGGCUCUCCAGUCAAUCUUCCAAAGUCGAAACAUCCGAGAGGUGAUGGCUUACUCCAUCAAAAAGCACCUAAAGAUUCUUGCGUCAGUGUUCGGGAUAGUUCCCUCAGCCCAGUGCCUGGACCCACUUGUGGCUGACUGGAUGCUCAACCCAGACGGGAAGGAGAAAACUGUCCACAAGAUGGUCCUCCACUAUCUCCCCGACCAGCCACUCCUCUCAGAGGGAGGCGAAGACAUGCCUCUCUCAAACCUGGCCACCCACGGGAGCGAACCCCACAUGCGAGCAGCAGCCGAGGCAAUCCUCGCUUCUCUCCUCGUUUCAAAACUGAGACCACUCCUGCAAGAAGAGGGGUUGCACCGACCGUUCCUAGAGUUGGAGAUGCCAUCACUGGCUGUGUUGACCAAAGCCGAACUCAACGGGAUCGGGUUCUCGAGGGAAGAGUGUGGCGCUUUGAAGCAGAUGUUGCAACUGAGACUGGCGCAGAUAGAAAGCGAGGCCUAUACUCUUGCAGGGAGGAGUUUUUCCCUCACGUCUCCCGAAGAUGUGUCCCGUGUCCUAUUUCUCGAGCUACAGCUUCCACCGCCUUCAGAUCCGAAGCAACAGAAGACGUUGGGUCCGAACCGUCGCGGGAAGAGACGACUGCAGCACCUCAGCACCGCCAAGGAUGUGCUGGAGAAGUUAAAACAAGUCCACCCCUUACCGGGACUAAUUUUAGAGUGGAGGAGAGUCUCUUCGACUGUCACUAAGACUGUGUUUCCUCUGUUCAAAGAUGCAGUGUGCCACACUGACCUGGACUCUGUCAGAAUACACUCCACGUACCAUGUUCAUACAGCCACUGGGAGGGUUGCAACGUCAGACCCAAACAUACAGAUGGUUCCAAAAGAGUACGAAAUUGGAACUGCAUCAAGUGUUGCCGCUCUGCUCGAGUCUGCUGGAGCUGCUGCUGAUGUCUGCUCUCUUGUGUCUGAGAGCCAGUGCUACAGACGUGCAUGCAACAAUGGGAGUGACUCAGAGAAAGAUGGUACACUUUCCGAACCUCGUCCACCGAUAUCUACCGUCAACAUGCGGAGUGUGUUUGUCCCGUUCCCCGGGGGAGUGUUUCUUGCGGCUGAUUAUUCUCAGCUGGAGCUGCGGAUCCUGGCACACAUGUCUGGUGACGUUAAACUCCGGCAAGUGUUAAACAGCCUGGGAGAUGUAUUCAAGAUGAUUGCCGGAGAGUGGUUGGGUGUACCGGUGGACCAGAUAUCAGCAGAGGAUAGACAGAAUGCCAAACAGAUCUGCUAUGGCAUGGUGUACGGUAUCGGGGCAAAGGCACUUGCUGAACAACUUGACAUAGAAGAAGAUGAUGCUGCCAAGUUUAUUGAAACGUUCAAGUCAAAAUACCCCGCAAUGAAGAAGUUUAUCAAUGCCACAGUCAAGUCAUGUAGAGAGGAUGGGUACAUUGUUACACUGUUGGGUCGCAAGAGGUACCUCUCGGGGAUACACUCUCAGAACAUCCAUGCACGCAGCCAGGCCGAGCGACAGGCAGUCAACAGCACCAUCCAGGGCUCAGCAGCCGACUUGGUCAAGACUGCCAUGAUCAACAUUGACCGCUCACUCGCAAACGAGAACAUCUCAUCACUGCUCUGUUUAACCCACUCCAAACCAAGUGAAAUUGACUCUAAACCGCUCCAAGACUGUGGGAGUGUAAGAAGAGCGUACCUGGUUCUCCAGCUCCAUGAUGAGCUGCUGUAUGAGGUGUCGGAGAGAGAUCUGCCUCGUGUGGCCAUGGUAGUCCAGCAGGAGAUGGAGAAUGCACUGCAGCUGACUGUCAGGUUCCCAGUCAAGAUGAAGGUCGGAUCCUCCUGGGGAAACCUUGCUGAAUACACACUUCCAGUCUUAUAA